AUGGACGAUGAGGAAGAAGAGAGAGAACAAGAGGAUGAACUCAUGCUGAUCGAUGAAGAGGAAGUUGGUGAGGAAAGGACGAAAAUCGAGUACGAGGAGAAGAAAUCUACGAAGUGGGAAGGGCGAUUCAAGUACUUUCUCGACGAUACCUGCACGAUGUCCCUGAUGAACCCAACCAAAUGUCACGUGCGCCUUCUUGUGGGGCACAGAAUCGACACUAUUCCUAUGUAG